UCAGCUUGCAGUUGCCGGAUGGCACAGCUGUAGCAGAGGUUAGGGGAGGGGGCAAAACAUUUACCCCGCAGGGUGCAGCAGGACCCUCCGAGGCUGUCACACGUGUACUCUGGGUUAAAACCGGCCGCACCGCUCAGAAUCGGUGUUUUUCGAUUCAUUUGCUCCCCGAUUCCUUCACGGUGGAAGGGAGGUGAUUCUCUCCGCCGCCAUUUUUAGGGAACUGCCUAUCGGAGAGAGAAACUUUGCUAGCUGAGCGUUAGCGGCUAGUUGGCCAGUAGCCUGCUGCUGCCAACCCGUUGUGACAGUUAACGCUUGGCAGUCGUUAGCCAGCUCAGCUCAGCUCGGCUCGUUGGUAGAAAUUAUCUCUACCGCCGGCCAGUAUAGAUGACAAAAGGCGGAUAUAGCUAAAGUAGACAAUUAGGGUGGGCUUCAGGCCAGCGUCUGUGUUUGGGUAGGGCAAUUAUGCAGUUAGAUUAGCGAAGUAGCAUUGCUAACUUAUCAGCUAGCAAAUUCACACUUAGAUUUCUGUGGACUGCAUUGCCCGUCUGUGAUUUAGCCUCAGCCGCUGUGCGCCGCCGUGUUGCCAGUGAGUGGAUUAAUCAGCCGCUUACAGCCCACUCCUCAGCCUGCGUGGAUUCAUUUGGACCAGGUGCCCAUGUGCUGGUUCCUCAGGCGCAUCCAUUACCGCAGAUGAAUCUUCAGCUGCUUUGGCAGAGCUCAGCACCCAGAUAGUCCCAUCCCCUUUGCGUGGGUGAUCAGGGACUACAUUAACCAGGAUGCCCUCCUCUGUAAGGGCAGGGAGCCUGAAGGAUCCAGAGGUGGCUGAGCUUUUCUUCAAAGAAGACCCAGAGAAGCUUUUCUCUGACCUCCGAGAGAUCGGCCAUGGCAGCUUUGGCGCAGUCUACUUUGCACGGGAUGUGCGCACGAAUGAGGUGGUGGCAAUUAAAAAGAUGUCCUACAGUGGCAAACAAUCUAAUGAGAAAUGGCAGGACAUCAUAAAGGAGGUGAAGUUUCUCCAGAGGAUCCGGCACCCAAACAGUAUAGAAUACAAAGGCUGUUACCUCCGUGAGCACACAGCAUGGCUGGUGAUGGAGUACUGUCUUGGCUCAGCCUCUGACUUGUUAGAAGUUCAUAAAAAACCUUUACAAGAGGUGGAGAUUGCUGCCAUUACACAUGGUGCUCUGCAGGGGCUGGCUUACCUUCAUUCCCACAAUAUGAUCCACAGGGAUGUAAAGGCAGGUAACAUCCUGCUGACUGAGCCUGGGCAAGUCAAACUGGCAGACUUUGGCUCUGCCUCCAUUGCCUCACCUGCCAACUCCUUUGUGGGAACGCCGUACUGGAUGGCCCCAGAGGUGAUUCUAGCUAUGGAUGAGGGCCAGUAUGAUGGGAAGGUGGAUGUCUGGUCCUUAGGGAUCACCUGUAUAGAAUUAGCGGAGAGGAAGCCUCCCUUGUUUAACAUGAAUGCAAUGAGUGCCUUAUACCACAUAGCGCAGAAUGAGAGCCCCACACUGCAGUCCAGUGAAUGGACGGAGUACUUUAGGAACUUUAUCGAUUCUUGCCUUCAGAAAAUCCCCCAGGACAGACCGCACUCUGACGACAUGUUGGGUCAUGCGUUUCUGCAACGUGAACGUCCAGACUCGGUGCUGAUGGAUCUUAUUCAAAGAACCAAGGAUGCAGUGCGAGAGCUGGAUAACCUACAGUACCGCAAGAUGAAGAAGAUCCUCCUUCAGGAGGCCCACAACGGACCCACAACAGAAACCCAAGAAGGAGACGAGGAUCUGGAGCCCGGCGGAGGUCGGACCGGAACCGUGAACAGUGUCGGCAGCAACCAGUCCAUCCCCAGCAUGUCCAUCAGCGCCAGCUCCCAGAGCAGCUCUGUCAACAGCCUGAACGAAGCCGCUCAGGACAGCCGCAGCGAGCUGGACCUGAUGGAGGGAGACCACACGGUGAUGUCCAACAGCUCCGUCAUCCACCUCAAACCGGAGGAAGAAGAGAGUUUCACUGAGGAGCAGGCAGCCAGCAGUCAACCUACUGAGCCUCAGGCAACACCAGCUCAGGCCCCGAGAAAGCACUACCGCAACAGAGAGCACUUUGCCACCAUACGCACAGCAUCACUCGUGACCCGUGAGAUGCAAGAACACGAGCAGGACUCUGAGCUGAGGGAGCAGAUGUCAGGAUACAAACGCAUGAGGCGGCAGCAUCAGAAGCACCUGAUGGCCCUGGAGAACAAGCUGAAAGGGGAGAUGGAUGAGCACCGGCUGAGGCUGGACAAAGAGCUGGAGAGUCAGAGGAACAACUUCACCCAGGAGAUGGAGAAACUGCUCAAAAAACACCAGGCAGCCCUCGAGAAAGAUCUGAAGACGUUUGCCAACGAUGAGAAAAAGUUCCAGCAGCACAUUCAGGUGCAACAGAAGAAGGAGCUCAGCAGCUUCUUGGAGUCACAGAAGAGGGAGUAUAAACUACGCAAGGAGCAGCUUAAAGAGGAACUGAGCGAGAACCAGUCGACCCCCAAGAAAGAGAAGCAGGAGUGGCUGUCCAAGCAGAAAGAGAACAUCCAGCACUUCCAGGCAGAGGAGGAGGCCAACCUGCUGAGGAGACAGAGGCAGUACCUGGAGCUGGAGUGUCGGAGGUUCAAACGCAGGAUCCUCAUUGCCAGACACAAUGUGGAGCAGGAUCUGGCCAGAGAGGAGCUGAACAAACGGCAAACUCAGAAGGACCUGGAACAUGCUAUGCUGCUCAGGCAUCACGAGUCCAUGCAGGAGCUGGAGUUCAGGCAUCUGGGGACGAUCCAGAAGGCCCGGGCAGAACUAAUCCGAACCCAGCACCAGACAGAGCUCACCAACCAGCUGGAAUACAAUAAAAGGAGGGAGAGGGAGCUGAGGCGUAAGCAUGUCAUGGAGGUCCGGCAGCAGCCCAAGAGCCUCAAGUCCAAGGAACUUCAGAUUAAGAAGCAAUUUCAGGAGACGUGCAAAACCCAGACCAGGCAGUACAAGGCCCUCAGGAACCAUCUGCUGGAGACUACACCCAAGUCUGACCACAAGGCCGUGCUCAAGAGGCUGAAGGAGGAGCAGACUAGGAAGCUGGCCAUCCUCGCCGAGCAGUAUGACCACUCCAUCAAUGAAAUGCUCUCCACACAGGCUCUGCGGUUAGAUGAGGCUCAGGAGGGGGAAGGUCAGGUUCUAAGGAUGCAGCUGCAGCAGGAGUUAGAGCUGCUCAACGCCUACCAGAGCAAGAUCAAGAUGCAAACAGACGCACAGCACGACAAGGAGAGGAGGGAGCUGGAGCAGAGGGUGUCUCUGCGGAGGGCUCUGCUGGAGCAGAAAAUCGAGGAGGAAAUGCUCUCCUUGCAGAACGAGCGCCUGGAGCGAAUCCGCUCGCUGCUGGAGCGCCAGGCCCGAGAGAUCGAAGCCUUUGACUCGGAGUCCAUGCGGCUGGGCUUCAGCAACAUGGUGCUCACCAACCUGGCUCCCGAUUCCCAGGGAGGCUGGGGGGGAGGAGGCCAGGGGGCUCAGGGGGGAGGCCACUGGCCCGGAGGAAGCGGAGGAGGCGGCCACCACAGUCAUCACCACCAGGGGGGCUCCAGCUCGCAGCAGCCCUGGGGUCACCCGAUGCUGGCUGGGGGCCCACCGCCGUGGAGCCUCCACCACCCCGGAGGAGGGAGUCAGAGGGGCAGCCAGGGAGGCGCGGGAGGGGUGAGGAACAGCCCACAGGCUAUGAGGAGGACGUCAUCAGGGGGGAGGAAUGAACAGGGCAUGAGCAGGAGCGCCAGCAUCACCUCUCAGAUCUCCAACGGAUCCCACCUGUCCUACACCUAGAACACAAACCCACACACACACACACACACACACACACACACACACACACACACACACACACACAGAAGCAUCACAAUAAUUGUCUUAAAGUUAAACUCUUAUGCGCAGAGGUAACACUGUACACACACACACACGCUUUACAUACACUUGCUGUUAGUACAUCUCACACUUUGCAGUACUGAGACGGGGUGAACUCAGCCGAGUUCUUCUCGCUCACAUCAGUGUACAGCAAGCAGCCGUCUGUGGAAACCCUGAAGAGCUGAAACUAAUCCAACAUGGCUGAGGGCCAUUUACAGAAUGCCACAGUGCAGUAGUGUCAUUUUUCCUGCAGCCUACAGUGCUAAUUAAUGUGUUUGUUCAUGCCAUGUUAGUCUCUGUUGCCAUAGACAAAAGAGUAGUAUAUUAUCUACCAGAAUUUAUUAUCGAGAGUGGUUUGUUUGCAGUUUUUUUUUGCAGUAUGCUGUUUCACAUUUAAGUGGGCAAAAUCAGAGUUUUGAAGAUGUCAUGCAGUAAGGGGCAGUAAUGGGAAAACUGGUGUUCAGUGUGCAGUUUUUAAAAUAGCAUUUGCAAAUUUGUCCAGAUGUGCAGAUUCUUUCAAGUUCAGGAUUUAAUGUUUAAAUAUUACAGAUGAGAUUAUUGUUUGUGUGCAGUUACAGGCAAAUGACAGCUCAGGAGGUACUGAGGGGGUUUAAAACUGAUGAUAGAAUAAUAGAAAACGAAGGUCAUUGUAAGUUAGUGUAAGUGUGUAUGGCUGACUUUACAUUUGCAGCAGGUUAUGGUGUCAGGGAUUGCUAAAAGUAUGCUAUCGUUCAAUCUGCACCACCAGAGAGGAAAUCUUAACUGUGCAGAAAUUGUGGUGCAGUGAUUUGUUGGAGCAUAAAGCCUCAAACUAGCAGGUAUAAAUGCCACACAGGUUCUCAGUCCCUGGAGUUAUGUGUGGACUGAAAGCAAGGAUGCUACGAUGCCAAAAGUAAAGGUGCAGAGUCAGAUUUGUCGUAAUAACUAUUCAAGCCAUGUUUUGUAUUUAAAGAAAUUGUGCCAGAGUAGCUCAGUUUAGUUAACAGCCAAGUAGACGCAUGUGUUGCUGGACUGGAAGAAAGAAGGAAGUUAUUCAUCUCCUGCAGCUUUAUGGGCUCAGCUCUCGGGUUUCCACAGACCUCUGCGCUUCACUCACACCUGCCCAGUGGACGGCCAGUCUGAGGGACGCUGUAGCCUUAGUAGUCCACAGCCCUCAGGACAGAGAUGGGUUUCAGCAGCACCUAACCUCUACUUGAAAAGCUUCACAACUGGUGUUCUUUCUCUCUCUCUCUCUCUCUCUCUUUUCACUUGUUUGCUGUAAUUUAUCCGUUUAAUCUGGCACCUUCUUAGUGAUGCAGUAAAAGAAAAAACACAAACUGAUCCACGCCUGCUUGCCUACCUCAAGUACAGCUUCACCACAGGGUGUCAAGACUUAACAGUGACUUCCACUUUGGCACAGGCCUUCACUCCCAGUAAAUCAGACAUAUUCACACACACACACACACACACACACACACUCAUGCAAACACAAAUUGUUGAUUUUUAUUCCCCUGUCAAACAGUAUGCAAACAUGGCUGAUAGAUGCAUGUGCACAGAAAGUUAGACUGGAAGUGUAAAAUGUCAAAACUUGAGGAGCAAAUAGCACAUUUAGAGGCUGAGUUGGAUGUAAAUGAGUAACAAACUCAGCAGCAGGCGAAUGUAAAGUCAAACACUCGUUAACUGUUUGCAUCGGGGCGUCUCUUUUAGCAGCAACAUUGCCUAAAACGUUCCCCUUUUUCUUUAAGAAUCCCUUUAAUGAAUAAAUACGAACGAACACAGUGUGAGGAGGAGCUUCUCCGGCCCUCUGCUGGUUGGUGGCUGCUGAAUGUGUCCGUGGACGGAUGGGCGGUGAUGCUGUGAUCUCCGCUGCCAUGCCCCUGCAACCUUCCCCGGUCUGACACCCCGCUCUGUCUCACCCCCCGAUGACCACAAAGUCACGUUCUGACCACAGAUCUCCCUGCGUCCCUCCCACCUUCCGUUUCCUCCCCUCCUGAGCCUUUUGUGGUUGUCGCCCCCUCCCCGAUCUAAGGAGCAAUUCAAGUGAAAGGAAAAAAAAGAAAGAAAUAUAUAUAGAGAUGUAUUAUUAUAUAAGUCUAUAAAAAAGAAGGAUUAUAGAGAAGAUAAAGGUGGAAGUGUUAUUGCAAAAAUGCAGAGAUUAUGCAUUAUAUUUUUUUGUUUUGUUUUUUCAGUGGUGGAAUGUACAGGAAAUGUGUUAAUAGUGUAUAUUUUGAAUUUGAACAUAUGGAAAUCUAAUUGACAAAUCAAAGACAAAUUAAGUUGCGAUGCGGGCACAAUGAUGUGGCUUUAGACCAGCGGCGGUCAGAUGAACGGUCCAGUUACAGCCGCUGAGUUUUCACUGUCUUACUUGCAGCUGCGAGUUCUGAAACUUGUUACAGAUAUUCUGUUGUGAAUGGUAAAAACACAACUUUAGGUCAGAUUGCCUCGAGGAAAUGGCAAACAUUUUGUUUAAUAGAGUAUGAGGAUGAUUUUGCACAUAAUUUGAAACCUAGCUAGGUGUAGCCUUUGCUGUGGCAUCGGCUAUAUUUUACUGACAUUAUUCUACCCAAUAUAGAAGACUGGACCUGUCUGUUUAGGAGCUUCGUGGUUUUUAGAAGACUGUCAGGCCUGAAGUUAAAGUUGUGAUAACAUAGAAAAAGCACUGUCUUUUAAGAUUUUAAAACAAUAUUUGGUGCACUCUACCACCUCAGUUUGCUUCCAAAUUCUUUCACAAGAAAGUAAAAUGCUGUUUCUGAAAAUGGUUACUCUCCGUCUUGUGGGGUCCAGUGACAUUAUUUGGACUGUUAUUUCAGAUUACCCACCAAGUAUUUUCACACUGCACUUAAUUAUUUUGCCUUUUUAUGAAAAACAAAGAAAAAUCUUCCCACCCUGCACUCAAAACGUAUAAUACUGUUGUUUUUCUUGGCUCAGUUCUAGAAACAGAAGUCAGCCGUUGUACCGAACAUCUUUUAUCAACCUUUUUUUUUUUUGUUCCCACUCUUUAGUGUUUUUAUGCCAGAAAAGGGUCAUUGUUAUUUUAUUUUCCAGAUGAUAUCUACAGAGGGCCAAACAAGUGGCAGAUUUUUUUUAGACCUUUUGUGUUUACUAGAACUCCCAGGUGUUUUGCGAGGUAGACGGGGGACAGAGUCUAGCUUUAGACCUUGGUCACUCUGAACUGGAUCGGUUGCACUGAUUGCACAAGUGACUGACCAGAUUAAAGAGUCUGCUGUGAUCCCCCCCCCUCGGCGAGCUGAGGGGCGGCUGCCAUUGGCUGAAAGUAGGCGGGAGGCAGGGUUACGUCUGUACAGUCUGUUUAUCAGUAUUCCUUUUAUCUCCUGUCAUUUUGGUGGAUCUUGCUGUUUUAUUCUCCCUGGUCCAGAGAUCUGUAUUAAACUGUAUUAAAUUGUAUAGAUUGUGCAAAGAAAAAAAAUGAAAAAAAAAAAAGCUGAAUGUCGCAUAGCAGAAGAGAAAAGAUAUUCCUUACAGAUGACAAAGUGAUUUAAAAAUGUAUAAAAGAAAUUCAGAAGCAAAGUUUAGGGGAUAAAUGUAAUAUUUUGUUUGUAAUUACUAUUUUUUGUUGGAAGAGGGCUACUGGAUAAAGAAUCAUCUGUAAUAAAGUAAUUUUAAUAUUU